AUAUUUUCUUUCUUCUCUCUGUCUCAGUACCCUCAGACAACGCGUCCCCAAUUAAAACCCUCGUCCCCCUGUAAUCGAAUCGACAUCUGGUCUCCUCAAGUGUCCUUCGCAGGUCGCGUGGAGCUCGGCCGGAGAUCCCUCACUCAGUCCCUCUCUGUCGCAGAUUCGCUGUGUCGCUCGACUCCCUCCGUUCCUCGAUUCAGUCAGCGCGCGCUUCAGGCUUCAGAAGGUUCCCCCGGGUCGGGUCGAGUUCCGCCCCCGUCUCGUCCUGCAAGAGGUAGCGGAACCAUUUUUCUUCGUCGACAUUGCAUUGCCAUUCCGCACUUGGUCGCUCGCCGUUGGACGCCGUCCAUCGUUGUCAGCCCUACGUGGUUGUUGAGUAGUUCUCUGGCAAGCAUUGGAGUGGUUUUAAACCUUAGUCUACUCCCAGAAUCCGCAGGAGGCUGCGCUUUGAAAACAAGAAGUAGAACUCCACGUUCUUGGAGUGUGAAGACAGGCAAGACCAGAAUUGAGUUACGUUUAAAGGAUCCCAAGAAAGCUAGUUGAGGACGAAACUGAGCAGAGGGGAUACUUUGAGUGAUCAUGCAAAGGAGAGGCAAGAGCUUCUCACUAGGAGACUAGAGAGAAGCUAGAGCUCCACACUCCUCAAAAUUUGUGCUAGAAUUAUCUGCUUCAUCAAUUUUGUUUCUUUCGGUUUUCUUUUUGCACGAUUUUCUGCAAACCGGGGAACAGUCCUCUUCAAUUAUAUUUCAUGCUCUCAUUUCGUUCUUGCUUCUCUCCCCCAUUCUUUCACCCCGUCAAGUCUCUCUUUCGUCUCGAAUUUUCUCUCACACCCCCUAAAACUUUCUUGUUCAAGCCCAUCUUCCUUUCAGCUCAUAAUCGCUGUGGCAACAUGUCGUCACGACCGUCUGCCUUUGAUGCUCUCAUGUCUGGGGCUCGUGCCGCUGCCAAGAAAAAGCCCCAAUCAUCAUCGCCCGGGAAACGAAAAGCCCCGGAUUCUAAUUCAACCCAAAACCCUAAAACCCUCAAAUGCACGGAAAGUACUGGUCAGUCUUUGGAACCCAGUAACGAUACUAAGUCCACUGACAUUAAAGAUUCCGAGAAGGCACAAGAACCGACCAAAGAACACUUGAGCAACGGGGGGCUGACAGGGUCUGAGGGUGCACUUGCGGCGAAGAGAAUGCGCGUCGUUGGUUCCCAGGAGAAGAUUACAGAGCUGAAGAAAAAAGUUUCUCUUUUGAAGAAGAAACCUACAGAUUUUGACCCUAGUUCCAUGUCUUGUUGGGAGAAGGGUGAACCUGUGCCCUUUCUGUUUCUCGGUUUGGCAUUUGAUAUGAUUGCAGAAGAAACAGGACGCAUUGUGAUUACAGAUAUAGUGUGCAAUAUGCUGAGGACUGUUAUGAACACUACACCCGAGGAUCUGGUGGCUGUUGUUUAUCUUUCCGCAAAUAAGAUUGCCACUGCACAUGAAGGGUUGGAAUUGGGAAUAGGGGAUGCUUCAAUUAUCAAGGCGCUUGCAGAGGCAUGUGGAAGGACUGAGGUGCAGAUAAAAAAUCAGUAUAAGGAAAAAGGUGAUUUGGGCCUUGUUGCCAAGGCAAGCCGCUCGUCUCAAGCAAUGAUGCGGAAACCUGAUCCAUUAACUAUUAGGAAGGUUUUCAACACCUUUCGUCUUAUUGCCAAGGAAUCUGGUAAAGACAGCCACGAGAAGAAAAAGAAUCACAUCAAGGGACUUCUUGUUGCUGCAACUGACUGUGAACCUCAAUAUCUAAUUCGUCUGCUUCAGUCAAAGUUGCGGAUUGGGUAUGCUGAGCAAACUCUCUUAGCUGCACUGGGCCAAGCUGCGGUAUACACUGAAGGACAUUCUAUACCACCUCCUAAAGUUCAGUCCCCCUUAGAGGAGGCUGCAAAGAUUGUUAAACAAGUAUAUUCAGUUCUUCCUGUGUAUGACAAAAUAAUUCCUGCAUUGCUUAGUGGUGGUGUAUGGAAACUUCCAGAGACAUGUCACUUUACUCUUGGUGUUCCAGUUGGACCUAUGUUGUCUAAAGCAACUAAGGGUGUAUCUGAAGUUCUAAAUAAAUUCCAGGAUGCAGAGUUUACUUGUGAAUACAAAUAUGAUGGAGAGCGUGCCCAGGUACAUUACAUGGACAAUGGAUCAGUUGAGAUUUACAGUAGAAAUGCUGAACGGAAUACGGGAAAGUUUCCUGAUGUUGUUGCUGCUAUUUCAAGGGUAAAGAAAUCGUCUGUAUCAUCAUUUGUUCUUGAUUGUGAACUUGUUGCAUAUGACCGGGAGAAAAAGAAAAUUCUUCCUUUUCAGGUUCUCAGUACCCGAGCUCGCAAAAAUGUAUCUAUGAGUGAUAUUAAAGUCGAUGUAUGCAUAUUUGCAUUUGAUAUCUUGUAUCUCAACGGCAAGCCACUACUUCAGGAAAACCUGAAAAUUCGGAGAGAGCAUCUCUAUGCCUCUUUUGAGGAAGAACCUGGAUUUUUUCAGUUUGCAACAGCAAUAACAUCAAAUGAUGUUGAGGAAAUACAAAAGUUUCUCGAUGCAGCUGUUGAUGCUAGUUGUGAGGGUUUAAUUAUCAAAACAUUGUAUGAAGACGCGACGUAUGAACCUUCCAAGCGGUCACUGAACUGGCUAAAACUGAAGAAAGAUUAUCUUGAAAAUAUAGGGGACUCACUGGAUUUGGUACCUAUUGCUGCAUUUCAUGGUCGUGGAAAACGUACAGGGGUCUAUGGAGCUUUUCUCCUUGCUUGCUAUGACAGCAAUAAUGAAGAAUUUCAAAGCAUUUGUAAAAUAGGCACGGGAUUCUCAGAGGCAACACUUGAAGAACGUUCUGCUAGUCUUCGUACUAAAGUGAUUCCGAAACCAAAGCCUUAUUAUCGAUAUGCAGAGACAAUCAAUCCUGAUGUAUGGUUUGAAGCCUCUGAGGUGUGGGAGGUGAAAGCAGCAGACUUGACCAUUAGCCCCGUUCACCGUGCUGCAGUAGGCAUAGUAGAUUCGGAUAAGGGCAUAUCUCUUCGAUUCCCUCGUCUGGUUCGAGUUCGGGAUGACAAAGCUCCUGAACAAGCCUCAUCAUCUGAGAUGGUUGCUGAAAUGUAUUCUGCUCAAAAACACAAUCACCCGAACAACCACGAUGAUGAAGAGGAUUGAGAGAUUUUUCUCGCUCCUCACAUACAGGAUGACGUUUAUCAAAACCCUCAAUAUCUGAUAUGCAGAUGCAAAUUUUGCCCCCUUAAAACAUAGGUCAGAUAGCAGAAUUGCAUAUCUAAUAUAAGAGUGAGAUCUAGAAGGCUUCAAACAUUACUAGGCAUGAUGUGAUGGGGUUUUGUAAUUCGUUUUCGGUUCUUCACAGAAAUGUACUAAUCCCGUUUUAGUGAUCAGAGAUUCAGGGUGCUUUUCAAGCUGGCCCUUUAAUCUUCAGGGAAAAGAAAAUAUGAACUUUAUAUAAAGAUGAACAUGUGAGUGAAUUACGCAAGUCAA